GCUACAUGUACAUUGGCUGGGCUAUAUGUCCCGCCAAUAUACAAUUCAAGGAUCUAUUCGUUGCCAGAGAAAGUCUCAAUGGUACACUCAUCCUGGCAUAUCAAAAAGGACAAGCUUUUCAUGCUGUUGCAUACAUUACCCUCACCUACGAACGAAGUGGAACUUAUCUAAUCGAGACGGAUGAAAGUGGUCGCGUGGAAAUGCUCUUGUAAACUCCUCAACGAAGCGAUAUCUUGUCAGCUCAUUAUAGUACAGGUGAUGGAAUAUUUCAAGGUGUCAUUCCUCUGAAAAGGGAACAGCUUGGUCCGGUGCUUGGCCUUGCUUAAGGGACAAAGAUACUCUCGAACUUUUUGAAGAAUUUCUUUGGUGUUCUAAGUAUGAAUUAGUCUAUCCUCCUCAUUUGUGCUCUUGCAAUUGCUCUA